GUGACUAGUCGGUGUCAGCCAAAAAGGAACGGGGGUGCCGAGCUCUAAGCUGCUCAGUUCGCCGUGAGGCCACCCUCGGACAAACAAUGGAGUCCCGCUGUCAGCUGUUGCUCGCUGCUCUGAUGCUUUCAACAGUCGCGUGCGCAGUGGGCGACUGGCCGCGGUGUGCAUCGCCGGACGGCACCAUCGUCAGCUUCCACGUCGACGGCUGCAAAGAGCCCGACAUUUGCGUUCUGAAGAAAGGUACCGAGGCCAACGUGACCAUCGUCUUCAAAUCCAACGUGGCCAGCAAUGGCGUCACGGUCAAGGUGCACGGCUUGAUCCACAAGGUACCCCUUCCGUUCCCGCUGCCGCAGUCGGACGCCUGUCAGUGCGGCGUGGCGUGCCCAAUCAAGGCAGGGGCUAGCUACACCUAUCGCGGCUCGUUCCCCGUCAGACCUUCGUACCCGUCCCUCUCGCUCGACGUCAAGUGGGAGCUGCUCGACGACAACGGCAAUGACCUCACCUGCCAGCUGAUCCCCAUUCAGAUCGAGAGCUGAACAUUUCCACCUACACGGUUCGUCAGCGUGACUCUCCAUUGCAUCCGGUCCGCGAAUGAAA